AUGCAUAUCAAGACGGUCAUCGUAGCCCUGGCUGGCCUGUCUGCUGCGGUUGGUGCCGCCGAUGCUGCUCGCAGACCGCUGUUUUCUCGAACCCUAGAGCGCCGCCAACGAGGUGGCAACCGGCAGGAUGGGGGUCGGAACGGCGGCGGCACGAACAACGGGGUCGGCGGCGGUAACAAUGGCGGCGGCGGCGCCGCCAUUCUCGACGGCAAUCUCAUCCAGACGGGGUCGCAGCAAGACGGCAAUAACCCUGGAGCUCAAGGCCAAUCCGCCUCGAAAACUGACAACGAGAACUUCAUCAACUUUUGCCGAGGCAAGACCUUGACCAACGGUCGGCAGAUCAAGCAGGGCUCCUGCAACGGGAUCCCCAUGGGCAACAUUCCUUCGACCAAAAACAUGGUUUCCAGCCUCUUUGUCAACCCGAAAAACGGCGACAACAUUGCUGCCAACCAGGACUUCAAGAUCCAGGUCCAGAUGAUCAAUUUCAGCCCUGGCACCUUCACCAAUGCCACCUCCACCUAUUACUCCGCGCCGCAGGAUCUUGAUUCCCAGGGCAACAUCAUUGGCCAUACCCACGUUACGGUUCAGGAUACCGGAAGGAGCCUGAACCCGAGGCAACCUCUGGAUCCAACGCAGUUUGUCUUUUUCAAGGGCAUCAACGACGCCGGAAACGGCCGGGGCCUGCUGUCGGCCGAUGUUCCCGGUGGCCUCCCGGCCGGCAACUACCGUCUUUGCAUGUCCAACAAUGGUGCUGGGGGCGGCAACGGUGGCAACGGCCGCAAUGGAGUGCCUAGCAAUGGCCAAGUGGACAGCAGGGACAGCAGGGACAGCAGGGACAGCAGGGACAGCAGGGACAGCAAGGUCAACAAGGACAGCAAGGACAACAAGGACAGCAAGGCCAACAAGGACAGCAAGGACAACAAGGACAGCAGGGACAGCAGGGACAGCAAGGUCAACAAGGCCAGCAGGGACAGCAAGGUCAACAAGGCCAGCAAGGUCAACAAGGACAGCAAGGACAACAAGGACAGCAAGGCCAACAAGGACAGCAAGGACAACAAGGACAGCAGGGCGGUAAACAAGCCGGAAGGCAAGGCGGCCCGCAAACUGGCAACGGCUCUAACAUGUCCGGGUCAAAUGGCGAAACGCUCGGCGUCGAUCAGAGCGAGAUCAUUCUAG